AUCAACUACCAAUCGAUCAGAUCACCGAAUUCAGUGUAAUUGUUCGUACUAGUGCCAUGUGUAAGCUUUAUUUUUUUACUUGAACGCUGGAGACAUUAGGUUUGGUCAUAAAGUCAAUAUGGACAUCGGUAUUCAGCAGUUAAAACUCUCGCAUAUCUUAUGGAUUUGCUUGAUUAGUAUCUUUGCUAUCCGUGCGCUGUAUCGGCGAUGGAAACAUCGUAAAAUCUACGCAUUCAUGGCAUCUUUACCUGGACCUGUUUCUCUACCAUUUAUUGGUGGCGACUAUAUCUUAAUUGGAAUAUCAAGGACAAAUCUGUGCGGCAAAAUGAAAACAUUGACGAAAUGGUACCCUGAUGGUGUUUCUGGAAUGUGGGAGCGAAAUGAGCCCCACGUGCUCACUAGUCGUCGGGAAGUACUCAAUGCGGUUCUAUCCAGUUCUGAAAAUAUUGACAAAUUUUACCACUACGAUCAUUUUCAAAUAGUUGCAAAUUCAAUGAUCACCGCCUCGGGAACCGAAUGGCGCACAAUUCGGAAUAUAGUGAAUCCAGGUUUUCGGUCCAACAUCUUGUCACUCUUUGACGAUAAUUUUACUUACCACACCAGAGCUUUCGUUGACCGACUGGAGAAAUAUGAAAACAGCGAUGAGUUUGAUAUAUUCGUACCUGUCCAUUUGUGCACCAUCGACUUGAUUUCCGAUAACAUGGUUCAAGCUCGAAUCGGUGUUCAAGGAAACGACCCAACCGGCCGUAUCUCCUUGGCAAUGACAGAAUUGUUUGAAAUGAUGUUCGAGCGCGCAUUUUCUCCUUUGCUCUGGCCAGAUUUUAUCUACAAGCUUUUAGGAAAGCAAAAAAUUAUAGACCAAUUAAUAAGCGAACAUUACAACUUUGUUCAGAGGAUGUUGGAGGUGCAUAUCAAAAAGAAACAAGAGCUCAGAGAGGAAAAUAGGCAUGCGGGAAAUCCGCAAAUCUACAUAAAUAUCUUACUGGAUAAUGUGGAUAAAGGCGUUUUGACGAAAGAUCGAGUUAUUGCAGAGGUUAACGAGACGCUCAUGGCGGGCUCUUACACCUCGGGAACAAUAGUGGCUUGGGUUUUCAAGCUGCUCGGGAUGUUUCCUGAUAUUCAAGAGAGAGCGUAUCAAGAAUUAAAGGAGAGUUGUGUUGGCGACCGUGUGGAGUUGGAUGAUCUUCCCAAACUCGUCCAAAUUGAGAUGAUCAUCAAAGAGACUCUUCGGCAUUUCGGACUCCCCUUUACCGGCAGACAUAUCAUUAAAGAUGUUGAAAUAAACGGCAAGCUGACUAUACCGGCAGGAAUUCAAAUGUUUUUGAACAUCCAUGGUCUCCACCACGAUCCGGAAUAUUGGGAGAAGCCCGGGGAGUUUUAUCCGGAGCACUUCUCUCCGCUCAAGGAGAAAUCCAGGCCAAGAGGCGCAUUCAUCCCAUUCCUCGGCGGCCCCAGAGUUUGUCCAGGGAGCAGAUAUGCGAUGAGAUCAAUGAAGCUCAUGAUUGCAAGUACUCUGCUGAGGUAUAAGUUCUCCACGGAUGAAAAACCGCCAGAAGAUCUCAGAGAUAUGGACUAUCGGUAUAUUGUGUUGCUCCAUCCAGCCGCAGGAUUUCGUGUCAAAAUAGAGCGCAGAUGAAACGGAAUCGAUUUAUUAUCUUCACAGUUGGACGUAUUUCUAUCAAACGGAACUAUGUGCAU